ACCAAUUGUGUUGUAAUCCAUAUAAACAUUGGUUCACAUCAUCCGAGUUGAUGAUGGACUCAAAGAGCGAUCAAUUCGUUCACGAUUUGGUUCAGUUCUACCGGAAUAGAGGACACCAUAAUCCACAACCGCAACAAUUCAUCGCUCGGAUCAAUGGAAAAGUGGUUGAUUUGAGUCAACUCUACUCCUAUGUCAUCGAAAGCGGCGGAAGUUUUAAAGUAAACCAAUUGAACCUUUGGGACGAUAUCUACUGCAAGCUCUUUAAGACACCAAUCAGUGGCGCAAACAUUUCAGUGGCUUUGCGUCAAAUCUAUAACCGAUUUCUUCUGACAUACGAGAAGACCUUCAGCGCUAACUUCAGUAAUGAUCUGUUGGAAGACGACGAAGACGAAAGCAAUUUCUCGUUCAACUCAAGUCAUAACUACAACCACAGCAACCAUUCGUUUAAUUCGCAGAUAUCUUCGUUCCCAACGGCGACGGCAUUGCUUUCAUACCAAUACCAGUGCCCACAGAGUGUGUCCACAGUUAGUGCGAAUGAAGUGCGAAAUCCGUUGAAUAAGUUGUUUUGCUCGCUAUUGAGUGGUUUGCCAAAUGAGUUGGACUUCGCGCUCAAAGUGUCGACAAUACUCAUUAACUCGAACCGAUUUGAUUGGACUUCUGAUUACAAGUACAUUAACCUUCUGUUGGAGUGCUUUAAGAACUACUGUUGUGUUUGUGAGGAAAAUGACUCCAUUUGUCGAGAAGAGGAUGAGGACGAAAGCAAUGACGAAGACUGUUGGGCCCAACAAAACACAUGCAAUUGUUAUCAGAGGUUUUGGUAUCAGUGCUGCACUGAUGAACACACUCUGGAGUUAGUGUUUGGUCCGCCCGACCCUAAUAUCGAGGAGUUGUCUGAACAGGACUUUAAUAAAAUCAAAGAUCGCAUUCGACUCAUUGCAGACAUUUUAAGGAACUUAUCGUUUACUUAUGAUUGUGACAAUCAGGACAGCAUUCAGUCAUCCAGUCCUGUGGCCACUCCUCUUCUCAUGAAGUUUUUACUUCUCUUAACCAUGUCUUCAGAGCAACAGUUUAACAGUACAGCUCUCGACAUCAUAUCCAACAUCGCCUCAACCACUGCUGUCAUCAGUGAGGAUAAUGUCUAUACCAUUAUUCAACAAAUACUUCAUCGCCGGUGCGUUGAUAUAGCGAUGACCAGCAAUAAUAUCCAUUGGACGAGUCGUAGCCUCGAAGUCGUUUCCCGACUCCUCUCGUCUAAUGUCGAAGAGAUUAACUCAUUCUUGGAAUCACAUCUCCGGAACUAUGAGGUAUUCAUACGUAUAACACAUCUAAUGACCUGUCAAUACGACAUCACAUUAUUAUUAGCGAUACUAGAGUUCUGUUUAGCACUCUCUGAACAAAAGCCUUAUAUGUUGCUUAAGGACGACAAUAAGCAUCUCAUCAAAAUCCUAUUAACACUUCUCAACUGCGAGUCCUCUCAACACUUCACGACAACAGCACUGAAGCGCAUGAAAGUAAUAGACGACAGACCGAGGGCUCAGACCAAUCAAAGUGAGACUAAUGCGGGAACUGUUGGUUCGCAAAGUGUUGCCAAUUCAGCGAACACUACCUCUCAGACCAAUACUGUAGACAACGAGACGUUUGCACUGAAUUGGUUGCGACAGAGUUACGAACCCAACACUAAUCUCAAUGAAAACCAAUGUCUCAAAGCGGCCGAUCUAUACGCCGAUUACGUGAAGUAUUGCUGCCGCAGUUCGCGCCGUAAUGUGAUGGCAGCCCAACCUUUCGCCCAACUCAUCAAACGGUGUUUCCCUUCGAGCACUUUGACGAACAAUCAGACCACCAUUGAGGGCAUUGUCGCUAAAUCUGUACAAAACACUCCCAACAAGUCGAGUGCGACCCCCACUUCGCAACUCAUGUCACCCAUCCUUAAGGCCCACCUCAGCGCUCCUCCAAAGAUUAGCAACACGCCUACCAGUCCUGUGAACACCAGCACUAACUCUAACUGUAAUACCAGUCUAAUCACUACCACGAGUACGUCGACCACGAGUUCGCUUCCAAUUCCCACCACUAAUACUUCGACAUUAAUUAAGAGUCUGUUAGCAAACAAACUCAGGAGUAAUGCAACCAUUUCUACCCAACCGACCACUUCUAACACAUCCACCCUUCAGACUAAGUCAACAACCAAUGCAUUGACAUUACAGACAUUGACAACACCUGCAGUGAAACCACAGACUAUAAUGACUACAACACCCGUCCCAACGACGACCCACUCUAAUACUAUAACCGCUAUAACUAUUUGUAAUGAUUUUAACGGCGAUUCAAUUGUCAAUAGUUCGCCACAACUUCCGUCUGCGAUAACAAUCACCCCUUCCAUCAGUUUGACACCAAAUAAUGCAAUAUUCAGCACUACGAACGCCACGAUGUCUGGACAUCAGGUUCAGCCACAACAGCAACAGUUUCUUUUGGUUCGCACUAUUAUCGCAUCGCCCGGCCAGCAGUCGGGUGGCACUGGUUUGGCCACUACUGGCACUCCCGUCAGACUCAUACUGCCGGCCAGUAUGUUAACCCAACAAAGGUUCAACAGUCCGGCCAUGAAUGGCGUCACAACCACUUCUACGCCCUUAACUAAUGUCACAAUAUGUGCGACCAGUAGUCCGGCCGUCAAUUCGACCACUUCUGCCACCAUUUCUACCAGUGCUUCGGAUUUGUUCCUCAAGACAGUCCUAUCGAAUACAAGUGCUAACUCAGUGCCGGUGACGCCCCUCAGGAGUAACGUCAAGUCAUCUCCACUUCUAAACGUACUCUUAGAUAAGGGAAAACUGCCGGAGUUUUCCACCUCUGCUGUCGUCAACAACCAAAUCAAUGCCAACUCAUUUGGUUCGGCCAAUAGUACGACACUUAUGUCUUCACAAACGCCUAAAAUGUAUAUUUUGACGACAAAGUCUCCGCUCGCCAUCAAGAGUUUGCCCGCACUUCAGACACAACUCAAUCAAACGACACAACAGUUUGCGCCCGCAGUCACCCUCUGCUCUGCCCUCACCACCACAAACACGACACUCAAGUCAUGCCUUCAGACAACACUCGCUAACAUCACUCUCUCGCCAACACUUACCACCACUUCUAUCAAUCAUUCGGUGGUAAACAAACAGACAAUUACCAAGAAUUGUAGCACUCCUACAAUCAAUGGUGAAGUGGGACCCGCUGUCCAUACGGUUAACAGUGUCGUCAAUAGUGUUAAUAGCAUUCACAACAUGAGUACUAUAUCUAACUCUUUUAGUACUGCCAUUAAUACGGAACUAGAGGUGAAGACGAGUCCAACCAAUUGUGUGAAUUCAGUCAACUGUUUGUUGCCGUCGACUGAUUUGUCUCCCAUUAAGGACAUGAAGAAGGCUGUGGACGACGCGACUAAACUCAUAUCAAAGCGACAAAACGACGACACGGAUGAAAUGGCGUCCAAUAAGAAACUUAAAGUGAAUUCAGUGCUAACCAUUCCUUCGCCCCCUCUCCUCACAAAUAGUAUACCAAAUCAUGAUUUGAAUUCAGAGUCAAGUCUUAAUCCAAUCACUAAUUGUGUAACAAAUACUAAUCCGCAACAAGUAUUAACCAAAGCCUCCAAUCUAACAUUUGGUCGGCCGUCAGAAGUGUUUUUACACGUUCACAACCACCAUAUAAUGCCCGCCAGUUUCCCCAAUGUUAUGACCUGUCUAUGGGGUGGACCAGAAGGCACUGGACCCGGAUGUCUGUCUAAGAGACCAAAACUCUCAUUACUCACACAUCUUUUGGACUUUCACUGCAAUCCAAAUGUCAUACAACAAGAUUCCGUGCGAAAGAAACAGUUGUCAUCCGUGGGAUCGACAGCUAUAGUGUUACCACAACCGCCGGCACAUCCCGGUUACGCACAUAACGCCGCACUUCUGGCCAUCAGAAGGCAUGCGACCAAUUAUGUGGAAGCGCCAACAUUGCCUCCAAUAACCAAAUUGACUCCUUUGACGGUUAGUAUUAGACUGACGUCUGCACUAAUACUCCGAAAUCUGGCCCUACAUUCAAAUUUUGUCAAAAGAACACUGGAAUGUUUUGAACAAUACUUAUGUGAGUUAUGUAUGUCUGACGGAAGGGAUGAGUCGCGAACAAUAGCCCAGUGUUUGGCUGUGAUUACAGAUAAAACAUGAGAAUAUAUUUUACAAAUAAAUGGCACCAAAAAAUACAUUUGAUAGCCGAGUCUCAAAAUGUGGUCAACUUAUGAAACGUUGCAAUCGUUGGAAACCCUUAAGGAGUUUGACGCGAAUCUCCUCUCAUGUCAUCACCAUUUCUGUCAUAAAUUGUUAUUUAAUUUAAUUAAAGCAAAACUUUUGUGUCAUUUUAUAAAUUAAAGUAUAAAUAAUUGCGAC